UCGCUACGAAGCCCCGCUAGCGUUGCCACCUUUUCGUUGGACAUCGAUUGUUUUGCAGACUGACAUCAUUCCCAUCGAACCGAACAAAAUAAAGAGAAAUUAGCCGAAAAAUGGAGGCACUGGACAUUCUGGAGAAGCGCAUCGAUGCCCUGACGCGAGUCCUGGGUCCCGGUCAGGAUUCUGAGGUGGGCGAGGGAGUGGUCGACGCCCUGUGCUCAGCACAUGCCCUACUGGGCGAAGCAACCACUGGAAGUGCUGCACUGCAGCAGUGCGUGAAGAGAUCCGAUGAACUGGAGAAGUACCUGGACCCCAACUACCUGGAGGAGCACCAGCAGGUUCGCUCCAAGGAGGUCUACCUGCACGCUGUGGCCCCCGAACUGCACACCCAGGCCGAGCAGCUGGAGAGGAUUAAACAGCUAGAACCGGCCUUGGGGGCGGAGUACUUCCGCAGCAUUCCCGCCGAGUGCCUGGAGCAGCUAAAGGGCAUCACCCAGAACAACGGAGAGUACGCCCAGCAGAGCGAACUCAUCGAAGAGAGUCUGGUCUUGGCCAUGAAGCGGUACGGCGAGAUCCAGGCGGGACUCCUGAACUCCCUGGAUGCGAUGAGCGAACGGUUGGACCAGGUGGAGGAGCGCAUGGAGCAGAGGAAACGGGCCGAGCUCAACAAGGAUGUGCCGCCCAAAGAUUGAUAGGAUAUCGAUCCAAAGACUGCUGAAAGUAUUUUCUACGACCCCGUUUCCAAAUCCUUUCCUAUGCGAAUCUGGUUCCACUUAAGCUGAAGGUAUCAAUCAUCCACGGAAUGGAAGUAACCUAAGUGAAAUCGUAGCUAGCACAAUCCCGAUUUGAUUGUUCAUAGAAUCCGGGAUUUUAGAUAUUCUAACCACUCCAACAAAAAGUGGCUAAUGAUGCUCUUUCAAUUGUAAGUUUCAUUUUUAAACAUUAUUUAAUGAUAGCACAAUAAACUAUUUUACAAAACUAAUGAAA